ACUACCUUCGUUAUUUUAGUAGGAGUCUGGCGCUCGUACUGGCAAGGCGGAAAAUUAGGGAAGCAGAAAUGGAAAAGGCAUUCACUCUCAUUCAAACAGUUGCCACCGCAGGAUUAUUCUCUGCUGUUUCUUUCUGGUAUGGUUUUAUGUUCGGAAGAGAAUCAGCUCGCAAGGAGCUCAGUGACUUGAUUGAAGAUCUUCGCCGUGGAAAUUCCUCUUCAACUUCUCCGCAUUCCUAGUUGGUUGAAAGCAUCAAGCGAGCAGGAAGAAAGAACUGUAAUUCAUGUCUGUGACUAGGAAUGAUUCUCAAGAAGGAUCUUGAAAUUGUUCAGAGCUUGCUUAAAAAAGGUGCUUGAAUGCCAUCUGCAGCAUUUUAUGUUUAACAUUUUGUUACAUUUCCUUGUCUGAGGAAUGUAUUUUUGUAUGAUGACAAUGAAUGAAGACUGGAUUUUAAAUGUUAUAAGAAGAAACAGACAAUAGAAUGGAGGAAGAGUUUGAUUAUUCCCUCAA